AUGCUCGCGCAAGGUCAGGCAGUCGGGCUCGAGGCUUGGGUCCAAGGGAAGGACGAUAGGAAGAGACUCAACGAAUACCAGGUACAACAUCAUCCUGCAAAGAAAGGAGAAUCCUCUUAUACAGAGUGUUUCCUUGAGACGAUCGAUGAGGCAUUCGUGAUCACAUUAUUUAAACGAGAUCAUCCUCUUGCAAGUCAGGAUUUUAGGACUUCCCUCUUCGUAGAUGGUAGUAUGAUAGAUCAGGUUGCCUGGUUAAAAACCUCUUCCCGGCUAGAAUGGGCCGAAGUCUGGGAGAAACAUGAAGAUAAGGCCAGAAGAUCUUCCUUGAAAUUUGCACCAUUGCCUACGACCGAUGAUCCAGCCAAAGUAACUAUCGAUCCACUGACCAUGAAGGAACUUGGCUCGAUCGAGAUUACCUUAGAACCCGGAGAAUUCGCCUAUUCAGUGACUUCUGCCGAGUCAACCGUCUGCGAACCACCUUCUGUAUUGCAUUAUGCUUUUACUCCAGGCAAGAACAGAAAGUUCACACAUCGUUUCCUCUUUAGGUAUCGACCUAGACCUGUCCUCGUCCAGAUGGGUAUCAUCGAUGAACCUGAACCAUCGCCCCCUCCACCACCUCCUCGACCCGCACGUAAAAGAAAGGCCGAUGUGGUCGAUAUUGAAGCGACAUCCGAAGGUGAUGGAGAGGAAGGAGAUGUGAAACCUGAUCUGAACGCUAAGAGAGUGAAAUACUUGGAGGAGCAAGUCAAACUACUUGCCGAUCAACUGAAGCGAUCUCGUAAUGGAAGUAGAGAUGAGGAUGAAGUGGUUGAUUUGACAUUGGAUGACGAUUGA